AUGAGCGUCUGGACGUGUCGGUGCGCUCUCCUGGCCUCGCUCUGCCUCUUUAUUAACUGUUUGGGCACAUUGGCGACUUUCGAGGUGACUCUGCUUCACACCAACGACAACCAUGCGCGGAUCGAGCAGACCAGCGAGGACUCGGGGAAGUGUCCGGCCAGGGGUCCCUGCUUCGCUGGGGUCGCCAGGAGGUUCACUAAAGUGUCGGAGAUCCGGAGAGAGGAGAAGAACGUGCUGUUUCUGGAUGCUGGAGACCAGUUUCAGGGGACCGUCUGGUUCAAUUACUAUAAGGGCGCAGAAGCAGCGCACUUCAUGAACAAACUAGGCUAUGAUGCUAUGGCUUUUGGAAACCACGAGUUUGACAAUGGAGUGGAGGGUCUGAUCAAGCCCUUCCUCCAAAAUGUAACCUGCUCUGUGGUGAGUGCCAACAUAAAAACUGACCAGACUCUGGCUGCAACACUGGGCCGCUACUACCAGCCCUACGCUGUCAUUAAUGUGGGCUCAGAGAAAGUGGCUGUGGUGGGCUACACCACUGCAGAGACCCCCUUCUUAUCCAUGCCAGGCCGACACCUCAAGUUUGAGGAUGAGGUGGAAGCACUGCAGGUUCAGGUCGAUAAGCUGCAAACCUUGGGCUAUAAUAAGAUCAUCGCCCUGGGCCACUCCGGCUUUGAAGUGGACCAAAAAAUUGCCAAGCGUGUGAGAGGAGUAGACGUUGUUAUUGGAGGACACACCAACACGUUCCUUUACACUGGAAAGCCCCCAUCCACUGAAGAACCAGCAGGUCCCUAUCCUUUUAUGGUGAGGUCUAACGAUGGGAGGAACGUGCCGGUGGUCCAGGCCUUUGCCUUUGGGAAGUACCUCGGAUACUUAAAAGUUACCUUUGACGGAGCUGGGAAUGUGAUAAAAGCUGUUGGAAACCCGAUCCUGAUGGACAGCAGCAUCCCUCAAGACCCAGAUGUUCUUGCUGACAUUGAGGAGUGGAAAAAAGGCUUGGCUCAGUACUCCUCACAGUAUGUCGGACGGACUUUAGUCUACCUCAAUGGGACGUUUGAAGAGUGUCGAUUUCGGGAGUGUAACCUUGGAAACCUGAUCUGUGAUGCUAUGAUUUAUCACAAUAUAAAGGAUUCAAGUGCGCAGCAGUGGAAUCACGUGGGCAUAUGUAUGCUGAAUAGUGGAGCCAUACGGACAGCCAUAGACGAGCGCUACACAAAUGGUUCCAUAACGAUGGAGGAGAUUCUCACCGUCUUACCGUUUGGAGCAACAUUUGACUUGGUCCAGAUAAAGGGAUCAACAGUGAAGAAGGCUUUUGAACAUUCAGUUCGCAGAUAUGGAAGCAAGUCUGGAGAAUUUCUACAAGUCUCAGGCAUUCACGUUCAGUACGACAUCUCCAAACCAACAAACCAGCGUGUAGUUUCUCUGUCCAUGCUCUGCACUGAGUGUCGUGUGCCCAAGUAUGAACCUUUAGAGCCGGAGAAGACCUACACUGUGGUCAUGCCUUCAUACAUUGUGGGCGGAGGUGAUGGAUUUACCAUGAUCAAGGACGAGUUACUGAAGCAUAACACAGGUGACAUGGACAUUUCUGUUUUUUCCAAAUACAUCUCGGCCAUGAAGCGUGUGUACCCAGCAGUGGAAGGCCGGAUCACCUUCAGGAACUCGGCUGUCUUUGCAGCCCACAGCCUUUGUUUGUUAUUGCUGGGUUUAUGUCUGUCGCUGACCCUCUGAUUGGCUUUGUACACUCUGAGAAACUGUGAUAAACUCAAGGUGACCUCCUCUGGGACUUUGUUAACUGCCUUUCCAUCUCACUGCCUUCAAGGAGAACACAACAGGAUUUCAGGUUUAGUUUCAGGGUAGAUUCAGACAACUUAAACUGCUGAUUUUAGGGAUUUGGGGGACAAGGAGAGUUCUGUAUAACAUUCUGUUACAACGUAAUUAUAAAAACAGUAAAUAUGUAUGAUAUAUUUGGAAUAUUGUUGGCUGAAAUGUGCAUGCAAGUACUUCUUAUGAUGAAUGUUUUUUUCCUUGUUAACCCUUUAUCGGGUAAAGAACUAUAUUCGGUAACUUAUCAAACUGGUUCCCCAUGUCUCUGUUUGGUCGUAGAACCACAUGGAUAUCUUCCAGCUAAUCAGCAAAGAUCAGGCACCAUGACAUCUGACCAAUCAGUAUGAUAAUAAUAUAAUAAUAUUAACUUUAUUGACCUUGACCUCCAAUGUAAAAAUGAAAAAUUUAGAAAAAAAAUCUGCAAGAAACAGUCGUACAAACAGAGUUGUACGAGGAAAAAAAUUUCGAGAAAAAAGUUUCAAAUUUACUAGAUUAAAGUGGCAAAUCUACAAGAAAAAAAGUUGCAGAUUUACGAGAAAAAAGUGGGAAAAAACAACUUUUUUCUCAUAGAUUCACCACUUUAAAUCUCAUAAAUCUGUGCAUUUUUUUCUCGUAGAUUUGCCACUUUAAUCUCGUAAACUCUUUUCUCAAAAUAUUACCCCCUUAUCCCAGGUCCAUAUGGUUUUUUUACACAUUCUGGCUGUAUGUAAUAUCCUCCAAUAUUCUCUGGGGUUGAAAUUUAGAAUUUGCAAGUAUUUCAAUGAGUGUCCUAUCAAGGGUUAAUCUAAAGGAACUGAUGUGUAAUGAAUGUUUAAAAUCCCCAACAAUGCUUUAUUCUAUCGUAUGAAAGAGCCCAGAGACUACAAGGCAGUAUUCAACCUUUUGAACUGAGGGAAAGCUGUCUGGCUGCUAUAUCUCUGCUUUCCCUCACUGAAAAGGAAGGAAACAAGCCAAAGCUUCAAAGUAUUAAUGCGCCUGAAUGUGCCUAUUGUUUGAUUUAUAACAGUCAUUUCAUUUGAUAACACUUAUUUAGAUUUAAAACAGCACUGUGAAUAUUUGAGAAUCAUCACGUUAAAGAAAGGAAUGUAUUGUUUUUGCAGAUCUAUUGUAUGAUCUGUAAAUGAGCAAUAGCUUUUUGUUUCUUCUGUUUUUCUCAUUGCAUCUUACUCCAAAGUAAACUUUAUAAAUCUUUUGUAAGCUUGUUAGACAAAACUGAAAAUGGAAAUUAAAGACACUUUACAAUAACCAUCAUUUAUAAAUGGUAAACAGAUUUAUUAAUGUUUAAUCAUCAUUUAUAAACCGUAUAUAGACCUUUUAGAAAAGUAAAUACAUAGUUUAUUAAUGUUUUACUGACUAUAUCAUUUAUAAAUGACAAAUAGAUGGUAUAUUAAUGUAAGUUAAUCUAAGUUUAUAGUUACUUUACCAUCAACAAACAAUUACAUUAUAAUUAAUAGUUUAUUAAUAGUUUUAGUUGCACUCAUUACAACAUUUUUAACACCAUAUUAAGUGUGUUAAUGAUUUUGAAAUGAUUCAUAUACCUUUAAGAAAAUCGGUUGAAAACAUUUAACGAUUAAAUAUGUAUAGCACUUUGUAAAUGGUUAAUAAUUGGUUU